AUGAAAAAUAUUUCACCAAGAUGUGCUAUCAAGAUUGAUCUUCAGAAAGCUUUUAACUCUAUUCAUUGGGGCUUCAUUUCAUCAAUUCUUAAAGCCAUCAAUCUGCCUCCUAAAUUCACUGCCUGGAUUGAAACUUGCUUCAUUGAAGCUAGAUAUUCAAUCUCUCUUAAUGGUUCAUUAGUUGGUUAUUUCAAAGGAGAAAUAGGUUUAAGGCAAGGUGAUCCUUUAUCACCCAUCCUGUUUGUUCUAGCUAUGAAUAUUCUUUCAAAAAUCCUCAACACUGAUGCUGCCAGAGGAAAUUUGGAAUCAGUUAUUGUAGUUACCUCUGUUCUACAGAAAUUUUAUGAAAUAUCAGGGCUUCAACUUAAUGUAGCCAAAUCUGAUCUUUUUGCUGCUGGUAUCUCAAUACGAAAUCUUGAAUCUAUCUUAAUCUCUACCAAUUUCAAGCAUGGUCUCUUUCUAGUCAGAUAUCUUGAUGUUCCCCUUGUCACCAGAAAACUUACAGCUACUGACUUCUCUUCCCUUAUUGAAAAAAUCAGAUCAAAAAUUCAUCUAUGGUCUGGGAAGCAUCUCAUCUAUACAGGAAGACUAGAACUUGUUAAAACUAAAGGUACUGAUAUUGCUGCUACUGGAGCUAGAGUAAGCUGGAGAUCACUUUGGAUUGCCUGGAUUUAUACUUAUGUGAUUAAAUCCAAAGAAUUCUCAAAGAUGUCGAAAAAUGUCUCUUAUAGAUUCUGCUUUAACAGGCUAUUGAAACUGAGAUCUGAGGCCAUCCCAAUUCUUAAUAUAGGAGUUUCUAAUUCUAAAAGCAUUUGGGAAGAGUUACGUAUCAAGCAUGAAAAGGUUUUUUGGCACAAACUUGUCUGGUUUCCCCUUCAUAUUCCCAAAUUCAGCAUCAUUUCUUGGCUUGCAGUCUUGGAUCGGCUUCCUACCAUAGAAAGACUUAUUCGUAUGGGAAUUACAACUGUAGGCUCUUGUAUUUUAUGCAAUAAUGCCCUUGAAACAAGAAAUCACUUGUUUGCAGAUUGUGCUAUGGUUGCUGCUCUUUGGAAUGAAAUUCUAAAUCUUUCUCUCUUGGACAAGCCUCAUAUGUCUUGGGAUUCUAAUCUUGCUUGGGUGUCUUCGACUUGGAAAGGAAAUCUAUCCUUACAACCAUCUUGA